UCUUUUCUUCUCUUUUUUCUUAUAAAUUUGCAAAUUCGUCACCGCUCUUAUUUUCCAAACUCUCAUUUAUGAAUUCCCGUUAUUCCACGCGGCUGUUAUUAACAGCAGCUCUGGUACUAUUUCUGAUUUGUCCUGGUGUGUUCGGCAACACUGAAAUUCGACACUUUAGACCUCCUGCUAUCAAUACAGACAGCCAGUUCCAUGUGCACCAGUCGGAGAUAAAACAGCAGCUAUCACGGCUAAUCCCUAGACAAGUUCUACUAUCAUCGCCAUACACAUCGACUGGAACCGAGCUGAUUGCCAGCCUGCAGAGCGUAAACUCAACCCGCCAGGACAGAGAGCGGUGGUACUGUUUGGCAGACCUAGAGUCGAACGAAUCCUACGAGCUGCGCGUAUCGUAUGCGGCGACCAUGCCUACGGACUUUACUAUUGAGAUAUUCACCAUUGGUCAAAUGGCAAAAUUGCACGGUGUGGCUGUGGACGCGUUUGAUGCAAAUUCGUUGGAAAGCCGGGGCAUUCCGAAUACAUUGACUAAUGGCGCGAGGUUGACCAUGUACGCCAAGGUGACGGCGUCGUAUUCCGGUGUGUCGGUGGUUCCCAGAAUGGAGGACCGCCGUGUACCUUAUGUGUUUGUGCUCGAGAAGCACGUUCUGGGGCUUCCGAUCCAGGCGAUCAAGCUUAUUGCCGUUUUGGUUGUCGUUAUUGCGUUCAGCUUGCUCUGGGUCACGCCGCGCAUUUUGGCCAAGAUCAAGGCUGUGCUUGCUGAAGAAACAGUGUCUCCAAAGCAGGAUUAACCAGGGUGUACUUUGAAUCUAUAUGGUUUUUUUGCAAUAUGUAAUUAUAUUGAUUAUAAAAUAAAAAAGAACGGUGCGU